UAGUCUUUUUCUUUUCCUUCUUCUUGAUUCAAUCACUCACGUUAGGGUUUUCAAAGUUGAAUUGAAAUCUGCACUCCAUUUUCCGAUCAAAGUUGAUUCAAUCGAUUCUGUUGGUUGAUAUGGCUGACGAAUCCAUCAAAACCGCUUUCCUUGAAAUUCAAGGGCGCAUGAUAGAAACUACAAGGAAAUUGAAGCAGGUGCAAAACCAGAUACGUUCCAAAGAAACAGAUAAAAAGCGUUCUUUCUUGACAAUGGAGGAGCUGAAGCAGGUUCCUGAUGAUACUAAUGUUUACAAAUCUAUUGGGAAAACGUUUGUAUUGGAGACGAAGGCAACAUUAAUGAACGAACAGGAGAACAAGUUCAAGGAUAGUGAAACUUCAAUUACUGCAUUACAGAGCUCAAAGGAAUACUUGGAGAAGCAGAUUGCAGAGGUGGAAAACAAUUUGAGAGAGCUGUUACAACAAGAUCCUGGUCUUGCUCGUCAAAUUAUGUCAAUGAAUGUGUAAUGUAAAAUUUUCAUUAAUUGAUGUUGAUCGGCAUUGGCGGAAUUUCUAGUGAACUUGAGUGAAUAGAAAAUUUUAGGAUAUGUGAAACUCUGAGGACUUCUACUGCCUACUUGGUGCUUUCAUGGAUGAUGCUUUUCAAUCCUUCAGGAAAUGUUUUCUUUGUAGGGGUGGUUGUAAUUCAUAGAAUAAUAUAUUGUCAUGUUUUAUGUAUUACAUGUGAGGGAAUUCUUAUGCAGACAAUUCUAAAUAGUACAUUCUCUGUUGGUAUAUAUUUAUACCCUUGCGAGGACUUGAUCCAAUCCCUGAACCUCCAACUUUUUUAAACCCUUCACUCAACUUCUAUUUCAAGCCAAUUGAACUACUCCUCCCACCACCACAUCUGUUAUCUGAUGCUAGAAGGGUUUCUAGGUCCUCCCAACUUCUGUUUCUAGGUCCUAACAAAGGGAAAUGCACUAAUGUAGAAGUUCAAUUAAGGAAUUUUGGCACAAUGGUUGAUGCACUUGUUAUGUCCCAAGCACUACAAUUGGAUCUCCAAAUGUCUCCUUUCAAUAUGAGAGAAAAGAAACUUGUUCUUUUGCCACUGAUUCAAGCUAAUGGAAUUGUAUUCGAGUGUCUUUUGUCUUCCUUUGCUUCGAUUGUAUGCACCUCUUGUUCUUUGUUGAUUCUUUUGUCACAUCCCAAAAUUAUUAAGCUCACCGCAGCGAAAACAAAGACCAUCGACCAUGCGUUCCAUCAUUUCAAAGUAAGGAAUAUGACAAAUUCUUUUGUUUCAGAUCGAUCUUGAAUUCUGACAUAGUUUCGUAACUUUGAGGUGAAUUUUGUGCCUCUAAUAUCGGUCGAUUCAUUAUAGAAAAUGAAUUUUAUUGGAUUGAGCUCAAGGCUCUACAAUAGUCAAGAGUUGUCUAACUCCUAACUAGAGCAUAUGAAGCUUCUAGUUAAUAUUCUCCUAACUGAAUGGUAACAUUAGAGACAUGAACUGCUGCACUAAUGUUUUUUUUCCAUCAGUAUAAUUUUUAUUCAAAGAUUGAUACAAUCAAAUCGAA